UUUUGGUAAACUAAUCAGCAAAAAACCAGCCUAUGUGGUCAGUGUGACCGGGCCCAGUCAAACGCUGACCUCGAUAAUGCCAAUCCGAGCAUGGACUAAUGUCUACUUCAUAAUCACACCAAAUGUCCAUGAUGUAGUAUUUGACUAUCGUAUAAUUAUUCAUUCGAAAUACUUAGAAUUUAUUCGUAUUGACGGGAAGACAGUCACGACCUGGCUUGUUAAACACGAGGUUUCGGACGGGAUGGCGUAUGGCAUCUCGAAUCUGGUUGAAAAGAAUACGAGCUACGUGACCGAACAACACAAAUUUGGAUGCUACGUGUACGGGAGCUCCCGGGAAACUGAAACGAAAUUGCAUUAUAUUCAGAAUGCUAGGUCAACACCUGACAUUUUUAAGACUUUUAUAAAAGAACUGAGAUUGAAGGAAGGAUACGUAGAUGUAGAAGACGCAGAAGUGGAUGAGUGGGGCAAUUUAGAAAUGACAACUUUAAAUUAUUCAAUAACAUUUGAGUGUUUGUCUGGGUUCUACGGAGAGAAAUGUGAUAUCCCUUGUAACUGUUCGAGGCCUUUUUGCACCAAGCUCCGUGGUGUGUGUUAUGAAGCUGAUUGUCAGAAAGGCUGGUUUGGUGAGGAUUGUAGAACAGAGGAUUUAGCUGCUUUUGUUUAUAAAGUUGAACCCCAAGAGUUUUUUGACGGAGAUUCAACAUCCUGUCGAGUACCUGAUAACAACACAAUUUACAUAGAAUUAUUCGAGAAUUUUUUCCUGACAUCGUUUAGUCUUGUUUUUGAAGAGCCAGAAUAUUUACACGAGGGAGACUUAGUCGUUAGUUUUUUUGAUCGGAAAAAAAACGAUUAUGUAAAUAGUCGUGUAUUGGUCCAAACGAUUACACCAAUACGAUUCAAACUUCAGCUCACCUCCGCCUUAGUCAGGAGAAGACUGUUCAUUAACAUGAAGAAAGCCAUUUCUGUCUGCACCGUUAACAUAGAUGGAGGGGUAAAUUUAGUACAGUUGAAUAAAUCGGAGGACAUAGUAAGUAUCCCAGGAUUUGACGAAAACGACACGUUGAUCGAAUCAAUAACAGACGAAGAUCGAUUCAACACCUGCAUAUCAACAAACUUGACAGACAGAAUUAUCGUCAAGUUUAAUGGGAUGAAAAAGCUAUACAGAAUUGGCAUUUAUCCUAGCACCACCCCAACGACAUUUGAAGUGAACUGCACCAAUCAUGUUAACUUCACCAUGAACUUCCGCAGAAUUACAACUCACACAAGGGGUCCUUCAUUUAUUCAUUUAAAUACGCAUGUGCACAAAAUAGAAAUAAAAACAACGGAUCCGAUAUUUGAAAUGUGCGAAAUAGAAAUAUAUGGAAGUUUAGAUAUUGUUCCCCUUCCUUUUAAUCCUGAAGAUUUUGUUUUGACGCUACCUUCACCGGUCACGGAAAAAAACCUUCUUUACAUAUUCAUCAUCUGCAUUCUGGCCAUUGUUAUUCUUGCGAAAUUGGAAGAUUUAGAUUUUGGAAUGGAAACAGAGGAUGAAAAUGAAAAACAUGUCUGAUCUGAACUGUUUAGUUUGCUUAUAAAUUUGACUUGGCAUUUUCUAAGUUCUGUAUCGUAUAUCUUUAUCAGAUAAAAUUUUAUUUAAUUUUUGUUUUAUUUAAUAUGAAUAUGUAAAUGUAAAUUAAUGUGUA